GUAAAAGUGAGUCUAAAGUUCCUCGGCUUAAAUCACUAUUUACAUUUGACGAGCAUAUAACAGAGGUAAAACGUUUUAAGACAUCUGUGUACAGUAUAUUAUAAACAUGCAUCCUUCAAUUUUAAAGGCUUCCUGCCACAGAUCUAUGGUAAGAGGAGGAGCCCUGCUAGCAAGGAAACUGAAAGGGAUAUUGUAUAAUAAAAAGGAAUUUUGUCUCAUUUGUUAAACUUUUAAAAUUUAAUUAUAUACAACUCCUUUACCGAUGUUUCAUAUUUUGUUUCAUAAAAGUGCUACAAAGGCAGUAAACCCUAUUAAAACCAAUGUAGAUGUCAGCAACAAGCCAUGCAGUUGCGAUAUAAUUAUAAACACAUUUUCUCAAAGAUCUUUAUAUUAACCUAGCUUUGUGUGCCGUCACAUCUGAGCGUUUUGCUCGCAGUUGGAAUUUUUUUGGUGCGAACUUCAUGUCUUAAGGAUGAGUACGAAUCGACCAAGCUUGCUACGAAAUGGCAGGAGACUUGUGUCGAAUUAGUUAACCCAUUGAUGGUCAAUAUAACCAUGCCCGAAUUCAACCAACUUUUUGACUGUCUAACGGCAGACAAUUUUAUUAUCUACUAGGAAGGGCUUUUUAUUUCGCUUUUUAUUUGGCAUUUCUCUCUAAUUCACCCUGCUUAAAAUUUUGCGACUAUUAUUUUAAUUCAAGUAUCAACCAAACAUUAAUUCCAGUUAUAUACGUUUUUACAGUUUGAAAAGCCUGUCGGACGUAGGACUAGGAGUAAGUAUUUUUUUCAUUUCAUACAAACCAAUGCAGAGUCUCUACUGCACAUCCAAAUGACGUGUUUUGCGUUGGGAUAAAUCUCAUAACAUGGAGCUGAGACUUUCAAAGUAUUGACCUUUUCAAUCAUUAUUUAUGUUUCUCUUACAGCCAUUAUUGAACUGUCAUUAAAUAAAUAUGUACUAGCAUAUUUUGUUUUCUGUGUGAAGCAAAGUAUUUAUUGAGCAACUUUUGCAUAUUCAAGCGGCGAUUGAACAGUUGCAUAUAUAUACGAAGAAUAUUAUAUACAGAAAAAUACUAUAUUUUGUGCAAAAUAAUCAUAGCCUUCUAGCAUAUGCAUACCAAACAAUAUUGAAUGUCUAUUUUGAUUACUUUAGGUGAAAGUGCAGCUGAAGUUGCUCGGCUUAAAUUGUCAAGUCUGAAUAGACUUGGAGAUAGUGAUUCAGAAGAUAGUGAUUCAGAAGUCUCAGAAGAG